AUGACGACGACGAUUUUGCUGCGAAGGACCAAAAAAGACUGGAUUUUGAACCACGUUUUGUUCGCGUUGCUGUGCGCGAUGUUGUUGAUGGCUUCUUCGCCGCCGGAAGGAGAACAACGAAAUCAAUUUCAUUGCGACGAGCGGUACCGAGCAGCGGGGAUGAUGGAAGGAGGAGGAGCGAUCUCGUCGAGGACGAGUUUCGGAUUCUUCUUAUUCGCGGACGCGGCUUCGGCGUGCGUGUGCAAAGCCGGGACCUGCAAUUGGGACGACUUGGUGCCGGAAAACGCGGCGGCUGGGGAUACGUGCGAUAUCGAACCGGUGGACGGAGUGAUUACGGCGAAUAUCUUGUGCGAAGAUUCAGAAACGAACGCGAAUAGCGUGCAGCCGACGGAAAUCUUCUUGACGAGCCGAAAUUUCGACAGGUUCUCUGGAGAUAUUAUUUUAUACAAGUGUUCGACGCUGACGACUUUCGAAAUGUCGGACGGUUCGCCGUAUAACCUUACGGGAAAGAUUGAGAUAACUCAAAACGAUGCUCUCGAAAGCGUUUAUAUAUAUCAAUUGGAAGAAAUCAUCGGGUUUUUUGAUCUGUCCGCGAAUCCGGUGCUGGAGCGAGUCUAUUUGCAGAGUCUUUUGGGGGUGAGCCAGUUUAUCAAAAUUGUUGAUAACGGCGGAAGUAGCCCAAACGGUGGUAUAGAGUAUUGCGAAUUCAACCAACUCGGUAGAGUUGGCGAAAACGGUCCGGAGACUUUUUAUUUCGACUCCAUUUCUGAUGCGUACGUUACUUCAAAUAACAACGCGUGGAGUCUCGCAAACACUUCUUACGCGUACACGUCCGGUGCCGCUGAGGUUGCGAUCGAAAUCAAGGGGAAUACAUUUCGCGGAGAUUAUUAUGUCGGAUUGUAUUUCUCUUCUCUAACAAACGUCAGGGGUGACUUGAAAUUCGUAAAUAAUGUGAAUUUGCAUUGGAUUAGCUUGCAAUCGUUGCGAGCGGUAUGGGGACAAAUGCUUAUCGAGGGCAACACUCGAUGGGGUAACUCAGAAGAGUAUACGUACAUAAACAGUUUCUGUAAAUAUGAAACCGAAUCCGAUCUUGGCGAUACCUCGGGCGUAAAAUCGGUUUUGAUCGACGCGUAUGUUCCCACCCCCUAUUAUUACACGGAUUGGAGCAUGGGUAAUAACGGCGUAACAACAGACAUGAUUGAUUAUAUUGAAUUUACGUGGACGCCUAUUAAUCAAGUGGUCGCUUCGUACCAAACUACUUCGACAGUCUUGGGAACUCAUGGAGGGGGUUGCUCUGCUACCAAUGCAUUUGACACUCUAUGUACUUCACACGCGAGCUGCGGAUACUCUCACGUGAUGGAACAAGAGAUGUUUUGUGGGUCGAAACUUGACUCGUACGAGUCAGGUUCUUACUCUUACGAAUGUUCUCCGUGCAUCCAAUGCGUUCGGAAUCAAUAUUUAUUUUCGCAAGUCGAAGAUGUGUCGAAUCCGAACAUGUGGUACUAUGCCAUCGACGGUUCGUGUCCAGGGAAGUGCGUGUACGUGCCGCCAUCGCCGCCGCCAGCGGAAAGCCCUCCUCCGUAUAACUCUAUCACGGAUAAUACUUUUAGUUCCGCCAUUACUUCGUGCUUGGAGAUUGAUCCGGUGUAUGGAAAUUGCGAAGAAAGUGGAUACGGGCCAAUCUCAUACUGGGACGUCAGCGCCGUGACAACUAUGACGUCCGCGUUUUCUGAGAAAUCUUCAUUUAAUGGAGACUUGAAGAAUUGGGAUACCUCGUCCGUGACAGACAUGACGAGUAUGUUUUAUAAUGCUUUCGCUUUCAGGGGCACCUUGAUAUAUACUUGGAACGUAUCUAACGUUGAAAGUAUGGCGGAUAUGUUCAACGGCGCCGUUUUGUUCGAUGGGCGCCUCAAGGAGUGGGAUGUGUCGAGCGUAACGACUAUGGAGGGCAUGUUCGGCAACUGCAAUUCUUUCGAUGGGGAUUUGAGUGGGUGGUCAACGGGGAACGUGGUAAAAAUGAAUGGUAUGUUUUACAACACGGCAUCGUUUGGAAGCUAUUUCGAGUCGCUUCGUUUCGAAACGGAUCCGGAUAUCGUCUGGGACACGUCGAGUGUGAAUGACAUGUCAAGCAUGUUCGAAUCUGCCAGGAGCCUAACCAGUGUCCCAUUUUAUUGGGAUGUGUCCAGCGUCACGUCGAUGAGUCGCAUGUUUCAAGGAGCGGACAAUUAUAGGCCCGAAGCUUUUUCAGACUGGAAUACUGCGAACGUGAAGGAUUUUUCGUUCACAUUCGCGAUGUUGGAUCCGUACUCUAGUGAAUACUGGGGUAUCGGAGGUCACUGGCAAGGGUCUGAACGAUAUAUAAAUGUACACAAUUGGGACACAUCUUCCGCGACGACAAUGGAGGGAAUGUUUGCGAACGAUCCUUUCUUGUAUAUAAACUCUGCCGAAUUCUCAAAUUGGGACGUAUCGAAUGUUCAAAAUAUGGAUUCCAUGUUUGCUGGGUGCUCAAACUUUAAUGGAACAAAUUCGGGCAUGGAAGUCUGGAAUACGUCUCAGGUGACGAGCAUGAACGCCAUGUUUGGAAACGCGGUGAAUUUUGCCGGAAACCUAGCAUCCUGGGACGUUUCGCGAGUUACAUCGAUGAUAGGUAUGUUUAAUAACGCGACGACGUACAACGAAGAUAUCACCGGCUGGGACGUCUCUUCCGUGAGCAUGAUGUCGUUCAUGUUUGAAGAUGCGAUUUCGUUUGAACACAACAUUGGCAGAUAUUGGGAUUUUACUUCCCUUUACAAUUUUGACAACAACAUUUACUCAGAAUUCAUAGAACCGACUUAUUUUAUGUUUUCUGGAGCGACGUUGUUUAACAUGAUGUUCACGUGUGAAAGUGGCGUCGCGAAUCUUAACUUCGAUUAUGGUGACGGGACCCUACUCGCCUCCAAUGCCGCCAGCGCCGCCACCACCGCCAUCGCCGCCGCCGUCGCCAGCGCCGCCACCGCCGCCGUUUCCACCACCGGCUUCACCGUCGCCACCGCCACCACCGAGUCCACCACCGGCUUUACCGUCGCCGCCACCGGCGCCGCCACCGAGCCCACCACCGUCUCCACCACCAUCGCCGCCACCGUUGCCACCAUCGCCACCGCCACCACCGAGUCCACCACCAGCGCCACCGCCGUCGCCACCGCCGUCGCCACCGCCGUCGCCGCCGCCGUCGCCGCCGCCGUCGCCGCCACCGAGCCCACCGCCUUUGCCACCGCCGUCGCCGCCGUCGCCGCCACCGCCACCGUCGCCACCACCGAGCCCACCACCGAGCCCACCACCAGCUGCGGCUGCGAGCAAAAGGCAAUGUUUAUCAACGCGAUGGCGUCUGUUUUAAACGUCUCACCCGGAGCUAUUACAAUCAUAUCCGUUUCGGAGGUUUCCGCGGGAUUGGCAAAAAGAAGAAGCAGAAGAAGGAAUACUUUGCAAACAUCCAGUGGCGUGGCCGUGGAUUUUAAAGUUGAGUUGACGACUUUCACCGAAACCGAUACCGUCAAGGAAGCGUUGGUCACCACGGAUACCACGAAAAUCGACGAUAUCAAAACUAAGCUUACCAAUGAGGGUUUGACGAACGUGGAGGACGUUGUGCCCCCAACGGAGACAACCUUCUUAGCUUUGGCACCACCACCAUCGCCACCACCACCACCGUCACCACCACCAUCGCCGUCACCGCCGCCAUCGCCGUCACCGCCGCCAUUGCCGCCGCCGCCGUCGCCGCCGCCGGCGCCGUCGCCGCCGCCUUUGUGCGGAAACGGCGUCAUAGACGCGGGCGAAGAAUGCGAUGAUUUUCAGAAUAUUCGAGACGGUGACAUCGGUUGUUCAACGACGUGUGCCAUCGAAACCGGUUUUCUGUGCGAAUAUAACGAAACGCUCGGAUCGGUUUGUUCGUGUGCGAACGCGGUUGGCACGUGGGCCUCGGUCGAUACGAUGUGCGUUGAUAUCACAAUUUGCCCUUUUCCAGAACGUUGUCCUGGGUUUGGAUCGUCGUGUACAGUUGGUGCGAAUGGUACCGCUUGUUAUACCUGCUCGGAAGGGUAUUAUCGCAAGGGCGAUGCGUGUGCAGAGUGUGGGGAUAACUACGCCAUGUACGGCGUUGGCGCGUUGGGUAUUAUCGGUUUAGUACUCGUCGGUGUAGGGGCCGCUGACACCUUGGACUCGGUCUCAACUUCAGCUCUGAGAUCAGUGUUCAACACGAUACAAUAUUUAUCUGUGAGUUUGAAUUUGAGCUUCAAGUGGCCUGGACCGGUUCUAGACGUCGCCGAUUGGUUCGCUUCCUUUAAUUUUGGUAUACAAAUUUUCGCUCCAGAAUGCAUCACCGGUUUCGAUUGGACGAAAGUAUUUUGGGGAGGCGUCGUGGGCGCUCCUUGCAUGAUAUUUGGAACCAUAUUUUUCGCCUUAAAUAUGGCCAAAUUGCAGUACAAGCUCAUGGUUCGAUCGAUUCGCCACGACAAAGAGCUAGGAUAUUACUUCAAAGGAAGUUUUGGUGGUAUGAUUGGACACAAAAAAACCUGCAUCAGUUGGAACGGGGACAAGGUAUUGUACGCGCUGCACAAGAAGUACAAAGUACUCGCUUCUUUUCGAAAGUUCUUCGGUCUUUGUAUGACAGUCAUAUAUUUACCGGUGAUUAAUUUGUGUUUGCAAUCUUUUGACUGUUACGAUGUCGGAAGCACUAGAGUAUUAUCGGCGGACGCGAAAGUUGACUGCGACUCCGAGACGCACUUAUUCGUCCAAUCUGUUGCCGGUGUUGUUGGUUGCGCCGUGGGAAUAGGGAUACCUUUAUUCGUGUUGCUUCGCGUCAGGCACAUCCGCGUGCGCAAUAAAUUGGACGAUAACCGCGUUCUCGACGCCGCUGGCGCUUGGUAUGAGGUAUUUCGUCGCCCUACUACGGAUGCUCUCGAAAUUGUCAAUCGAAAGGUGACGAAAACUACGAGAAAGAAGAAAUACGGAUACUUCGAUGCAGCUUUGGCUCGACUCACCGGCCAACGGAUGAAGAAAGAGACGGUCUAUGGUGGUGGAGCCGCAGACGGAGAAGAAGACGAAAACGAGAUUGUACGAGCAAAAGAUUCUGAUGGAAAUGCGAUUGAAAAUACGUUCGACCCAAAAUUAUUUCGCUCCAAGUCGCGCGCGACAGUCUCCACGGAUAUCGAUAAGGCACAGACGUCGGAAAUGGAAAUUAAACCACAACUUGAAAAGAUUCGAACCAUGGCAAAAUCCUUCGAGCGACAGAACUUCUCAGACGGACCGCAAGCUGAAAAUGAAGUAUACACUCUCGCGUCGCUUUUUGCCGUUCACUACAUGACCAUUGAACUCGCGAAUAAAUUGAUCGUCGUGGUGCUCGCGCAGCAAGCUGGAGGUGGUGAAAUCUCCGGGGGGCUGAUGCUGCCCGUCUACGCCGCAAAUGCGUACUUGGUUUACUUUAUUCAGCCGUGGAGAAGGAUCACGGUGUCAUUCGGACCGAUUCGGGUUCGAAACGUGAUGAAUAGAGCGGACGUGAUGAACUUUUGCGGACAAGCUCUUGUGAUCAUCAUCGCCUUUGCAUUGGAUGGUUCGCAAGCCGAAACGGGGGUCAUUUUGGUCUUGUUUUUAGUCGGCGUUUUAACCGUAUUUCGUUGCUUUGUUUUAUUCUCCAUGAUAUUCGAGAAAGUGAAACAAAAACUUAAGAAAACCGAGGCUUCCUUUAACGAGGAUCCGGUCGGAGCAAGAAAAGCUGCAGCGGAUCGAUUCUACGCGAUUGCAACCUCUGCGCAGCUCGCUGAAGUUGGUCUUUUCGUAUACAAAUUUGAAACGGAUGUGAAUCGACGGCGUGCAGUCGGCCGACUCGAAGAAUGCAGAGACUACCUCCUUCAUCGCGCGGAAAGGUGCAAAGAAAAGCACGCGAAUAAUAAAAAUGCGCUCAUGAUGAUGACAAAGUCUGUUUCAGAAAGAAUCGAAUUGUUGCAGCCUCCGCCACCUCCAAAAGAAGAUAUGGAGAAAUUGUUGAGCGAAGCGGAGCAACCUGCGAUACAUGCCGGAGAUUUAAUCGAAAAGAACGCGCAGAGAGAGUUUCUCGUCCCGCCGACGAGGACUUUACACGAAGCCAUAGUAUUGUUCACAAAAUCGACGAGGAGAUGUGAAAAUUUGGCCCGCGUGUACGCCGAUUGCGAGCUAAUCAACGAAUUGUAUUCAGUUUCUUGCGAUAUUAAACGAUUUUCCUACGAUGCCGCCCAACUCUCUUUGAAGUUUGGGUUUGUCGAGGCUUUGAAGUAUGAACAACGCGUGGUGGAAAUUACGAAUAAAGAAGCCGUCGUCUCUAUGCGUCGCGAAAGCUUUGAGGGUUUUCUCAGCGCUCUGCAAAAUGUAGAAAAUUUGUCGCAAGCGCACGACAAUGAUCUCAUGGAAAUCAUCGAACUCGUCGAGCACGACGUGUCUGUGACAGACAGAGUGCUCGCCGAUGCCUGCAUCGAAAGUUUAACGAGAAAUUUCGUGAACUCGAAAGUGAAAGCGUCGAAAAAUCUGAAAGACAACUGGAUCUCGUGGGUACCCUAUUUGGAGCGCGCACAAUUUUCAAAAGCUGUACACGAUACGCUCCAAAAAGAGAAGCAACUCGCUGCAGCUUUAAAACAAAACGAUAAGUUUGGUGCAAACCGCAUCGAGCAAACGCUCGACGUCGAGCUCAACGCGUACGUCGCAGACUUGGAGGCAAAGAUCGUGAGCUUGUCAGACUUUGAAUGUUCCGACGUGUGCAAUCAAGUAAAGAACGUAGCGAUCAAAGUGUACACGGAGAAAAUAGCUUCCGCUCGAGAUUCCAGAAAUGGUAUUCGAGCUCAAGCUAAACCUGGAUGGACGGACGCCAUCGGCGAUUUCUUUUCAGCUUUCGGAGGAAACCAAGAAGCAAAGAAAAGAGAAGAGUACGUCCCCGAAUCUUCGAGAGAAUGA